AUGAAUCAAUUAACAUCACUUGAUAUACAUUACAAUCAAAUUGGUGCAGAAGGAUCCAAAUACAUAAGUGAAAUGAAAUCAUUAACAUCACUUGAUAUAUAUUCCAAUGAAAUUGGUAUAGAAGGAGCCAAAUACAUAAGUGAAAUGAAUCAAUUAACAUCACUUGAUAUACAUUCCAAUCAAAUUGGUGCAGAAGGAUCCAAAUACAUAAGUGAAAUGAAUCAAUUAACAUCACUCGAUAUAUAUUCCAAUGAAAUUGGUGUAGAAGGAGCCAAAUACAUAAGUGAAAUGAAAUCAAUUAACAUCACUUGA